AUGCAGCUGACUCUCACUCUCCUGUCCCUCCUCGCCGGAGUCUCGGCCGCACCAAUCAAGAGUCUCGACCGCGCAACGAUUCAAGAUGAGUACGAUUUUAUCAUAGCAGGAGGCGGCACCGCUGGUCUCGUCCUCGCAAACCGCCUCUCCGAGUCCGGCAAACAGCGGGUCCUUGUCCUCGAAGCGGGGCCGAACCCCGAGGUCGUCUCCGCCUACAAAGCCCCUGGCGGCAACCAGUUCCUCGGCGGGACCGCCAUCGACUGGUCCUUUUACACCACUCCGCAGGAACACCUCGACGGCCGCAUCCUACGCUAUCACCGCGGCCGGUGCCUCGGCGGCAGUAGCGUGACCAAUGGCUUCUACUACGGCCGCGGCAGCGCUUCCGUGUACGAUGACUGGGUCAAAGUCGGGAACCCCGGUUGGGGAUGGGACGAUGUCUAUCCUCUCUUUGUAAAGGGCACACACUUCAACCCCCCAACCGACCACCAAGUCCGAGGCUUCGACGUCUCCUACAAAACCCAUGACCCCUCCGCCUACGCCGACGGUCCCCUCCAACUCGGCUUCCAAGGUUACGUCCCGCCCUCGGGCGUAGGCUUCAUUGAGGCAGCCUCUGAGGCCCUGCAGAUCCCCAUCGUCGAGGACCACAACACAGGCAACAGCACAGGCGUGAAGCAGGGAACAGGCCACCUCGACGCCGGCUUCCUGCGCAGCUCUAGCUACGAUAGUUACCUGAAGCAGGCCAAGGACCGGAAGAACCUCGAUGUGCUGCACUUUGCUCCCGUGUGGAAGAUCAACUUUGACCAGGGGACGGAGGGAAAGAAGCCGAAGGCGGUGGGGGUUGCUUUCAUGGACCAUCCUACGGGUAUUGUGCAUGAGGUGAGGGCGAAGAAGGAGGUCAUUGUCAGCGCGGGGGCGUUUAACUCGCCUCAGCUUCUGAUGGUCUCUGGAGUCGGUCCAACCUCCCAGCUCAACGAAUUCGGCAUCGAACCCGUCCAUAUCAAUGAGAACAUCGGCCAGCACCUAAACGACCACUCCGUCUUCAGCAUAAUGGCCCUCUCGACCCCCGAAUUCUCAACAACAGACAUGGCAGCAACCUACCAAUCCCUCCGCGCCGCCCAAGACGAGUUUUACACGAACGCUACGGGCGAGUACACGGCUCCGUCAGGCAUUACAAACGCCUUCCAGAAGUUGUCCGCCGACGAGCUGCAGACCAUUGGCGCGGGCGACGUCGUGUCCGCGGGGCUGGCGAACCAGUCCCACGUCGAGUAUUUGUUCGAGAGCGUCUUUUACCCGAGCGGGCCGACGCCGUAUUACACGCCUCGCGGCAACGAGACGUACAUCUCCCUGACGGCGUCGAGCAUGGUGGCGCUAUCGAGGGGGAAUGUGACGCUGAGGUCAAACUCUAUGGCUGAGACGCCGAGGAUUAAUCCUAAUUACUACGCCCACCCAGCCGACCGCAAAAUCGCCCUCGCCUCCUUCAAAUACCUCCGCAAGAUUCUCGCCCACCCGCGCAUGUCAGAAUACACCGUCGGCCCCUCCCACGGCGAAGUCUCCCCCGGCGCCGGCGUCUCGGAAGACGACGAGGACGCCGUGCUGGCCUACGUCCGCGCCAACACGAUCCCCAACUGGCACGCCUCCGGCACGAACCAGAUGCUGCCCGAAGACAAGGGAGGCGUCGUAGACCCGCGGCUGAGGGUGUACGGUAUCGAUGGGUUGCGGGUCGUGGAUUGCAGUGUUAUUCCCAUCUUGCCUGAUGUUAACAUUGUGGGAUCGGUGUAUAUGAUUGGGGAGAAGGGGGCGGAGAUGAUCAGGGAGGACUGGGAGGAUUUGUGA